CCCGUGCCCGACCCGGCCGGCGUACGGCAGCCGGCGAGGGCCGCAAGGGGCUCGGCGGCGGCGGCGCCUUCGCCCUGCCGGCGCCGGUGCGGGCACCGGUGCGCGGGCGGCAAUGGGCGGCGGCGGCGGCGGCGGCGGCGGCGGCGGCGGGGGGCGGGCGGCGGCGGGGGGACGGGCCGCCCCCCCGGCCCCGCGGCUCGGCGGCGGCGGCGGCGGGUGACAACGCGGCGGCGGCAAUGGGGUGCCUGCAGAGCGUGGCCUGCAAGGCGCGGGUGCGUCGGGAGCAGAUCGUGGUGUCGGACGUGUCGGCCACCAUCGAGCCGGCGGCUACCGCCAUCGAGGAGAGCUCGCCGGUGGUGCUGCGGUACCGCACGCCCUACUUCCGCGCCUCGGCCCGCGUCCUCAUGCCGCCCAUCGCCCGGCGGCACACCUGGGUGGUGGGCUGGAUCCAGGCCUGCAACCACAUGGAGUUCUACAACACCUACAGCGACCUCGGCGUAUCAAGCUGGGAGCUGCCCGACCUACGAGAAGGAAGAGUAAAAGCCAUCAGCGAUUCGGAUGGCGUGAGCUAUCCGUGGUACGGAAACACCACAGAAACUGUGACCCUGGUCGGGCCCACUAACAAGAUCUCCAGGUUCUCGGUGAGCAUGAAUGACAAUUUCUACCCCAGCGUGACGUGGGCUGUCCCUGUGAGCAACAGUAAUGUGCCACUGCUUACCAGGAUUAAAAGGGACCAGAGCUUUACCACAUGGCUGGUGGCCAUGAACACCACCACCAAGGAAAAGAUCAUCUUGCAGACUAUAAAGUGGAGGAUGCGAGUGGACAUUGAGGUCGAUCCCAUGCAGCUGCUGGGGCAGCGGGCACGGCUGGUGGGAAGGACUCAGCAAGAGCAGCCCCGGAUCCUCAGCAGGAUGGAGCCCAUCCCACCAAACGCACUAGUGAAACCCAACGCCAACGAUGCCCAAGUCCUCAUGUGGAGACCCAAGCGAGGCCAGCCUAUAGUUGUGAUACCUCCCAAGUAGAGUGGCGCCAGGGCACGUGUGUGAGGACCUGGGUGCUGUCAGCCUGCUGCAGAUGAACGGGGUUUCUGAGCCAAAGCAGACCUCUUUGGUUCUCCUGCCUUUGUAGCUGUGGUUGGAAAUGUGGCUCCUCCUUAGUCAGAAAGAGAGCCUGGCCGGCACGGGGCACAGAAGAGGGAUCACUGAGCUGGAGGAUUUCCCAGGAAGAGGAAUUGAGUACUUCUAGGGACUUGCAGCUGGCAAAGAGGCUGUCUGACCUAAACGACUCGUCUUUCCUUGCAGGGCAAUGCAAGGAGCAUGAGUGCGAUUGAACCGUGCCUGUGGCAAAUGCUGCUUUCCACCCAACUGGAGGUAGAAGUGGAGACCGUGCCUGCUGGACGCGGA